UAGAUAAUUUAACGUGUACCCAGGAUAAAGUUAUUAAAGGCAAUGCAAAUCCAUACCAUCCAUACAACUCAUCCAUCUAAACCAGGUUUUUUUUUAUUUUGGGUAGAAUAAUUAUAGGAAAACCAACUGUAAAACAGGUUUCGAUAACAGGCCUCUCUAACUGAACAUUCCAAUGUGGACUAAACGAUCCCAAAAGAAUUGUGUUCGUUGCAAUAAUCAAGUAACUUUUCAAAGCACUUUGAAAUUGCUUGAGGAAUAUAACAAAUGUUUGUUUAACACGAAUAUAAAGCAUGAUGAUGACGAGGCUAUAUGAGACCAAUGACCUUAGUUAUUCCUUGUUCCAGCGUCAUACUCAUUUAGAGCAAAUGCUACAAGAGUGAAUUAAUAAUUAGAGAAUAGGAAAUAUUCUUUAUUUUUCUAGCUUCAACACGACUGAAGCUUCAUUCUGAGGUGGCCUUCAAAGAAAAUGGUUGACAUUUUAUUGGCAUGUCAAUCACUGUUAAAGUUCUUUCAACUUUUCGGCUACCAUUGCUCAAAAGUCAAUCGACAUCAGAAAUCGUUUACGUGGAUUAUUUGCUUAUUUGUUGUCAUAGUUGGUGCCUCAUGUCUUAUGUGGUUCAUUUCAGAGUAUCAAACGCAAAUUUUGUACACUGGAAACAAAUUUGGAACCGCUUUGGAUUUUGGAAAAUUUUUGAUGAAUUUUUUCGCGUUCUUUAGCAUAUUAAUCGAAUCAUUUUAUUUUAGAAGUUAUAAUGAUGUCUUGUGGAAAGAGUUUCAGUGUGUUGAAGAAAAGAUUGGCAAAUGGUUUACACUAAAAGAUGCAUUUGAUGCUACUCAUUUGGUUAAAUCUACGUGGAUAACGAUUAUCUUAUUUUUCUUUUAUAUGUUCUUUUGGGAUAUAUUCUAUGCUUUUGUUAUUUGUCCUGAAUUGCGUAGUAGUAACUUUACGAUGGUAUUUUUAUUCGUAUACGCUUUGAUGCACGUUCGUCAGUUACAAAUGCUCUUCUACACAAAUAUGAUCAACUACUAUCUUAAAAUUGUCGAGAAUCAUUUAAACUUCAUAAUUUCUCAAUGUAAAAUCAUGUUAUCACUACACAAUCUAAGCUACGACAUACAUUUACUCAGUGACGAACUGCAAAGUACUACAGCCGUUUAUAAAAAGCUUAUGAAUCAAGGAGCAACAUUCAACACAAUGUUUGGAUUUUCCCUGUUCAGCACAAAAAUGAGAGAACAUAUUCACAUUCUGACUGAUUUGUAUUGGGUUGUGUUCCAAUUCUUGAGUGGUAACGUAGUGAGAGCAAUUUGUAAGUAUAUUUUAAUGUUAUUUAAAUUGAAAAUAAAUAGGUGACUUUUUAUAGUUCUGGCAACAAGUUUAUCUUCAAAGUGUGUGUGUCUCAUGUUGAAUUUCCGGUCAGCGGAGGAAAUGUCUAGCCUGAUUGAUACUAUAAAUUGGCGUAUCAGUGGCAUAGAUUUAGGAUUUCAACUUAAGAGUAGCUUCCAUUGGGAAAAGGUAUUAGGGUAAUUCUCUACCAACUCACACGAAAUCGGGAAAAGUUGCCCCGACCCCUCUUCGAUUUGCGUGAAACUUUGUCCUAAGGGGUAACUUUUGUCCCUGAUCACGAAUCCGAGGUCCGUUUUUUGAUAUCUCGUGACGGAGGGGCGGUACGACCCCUUCCAUUUUUGAACAUGCGAAAAAAGAGGUGUUUUUCAACAAUUUGCAGCCUGAAACGGUGAUGAGAUA